AUGCAUCCAUAUAGUAAUUCCUCUAGCUAUGUAGGACUUCUCAACAGUCAAAAUGAGAGUGUUCUACAGGGAAACUUUCAUUAUGAGAGUUUUCCUUCUAGUAUGAACAUUGGAGCUUCAGAUAUCCCUCCCUUUAGUUCACAACAAUCUGAGGCUCCAAGUCCCCAAGAAGACACACCAGCCCAGCAUAGGGAGAGAAGAAAAUGGAGCUCUGCCGAUGACGAGGUUCUAAUAAGUGUCUGGUUAAACACUUCUAAGGAUACUAUAGUUGGUAAUGACCAAAAGGGAGGGACUUUCUGGGUGCGCGUUGGAGAAUACAUUGCAGAAACUCCGCAUGCUAAAGCGAGUGGUGACAGGAGGAUGCAUCUCAACUGUAAGCAGAGGUGGCACAAGAUCAAUGAUCUCACAAACAAAUUUUGUAGGGCCUUUGCAGCUGCAGAGAGACAACAAAGUAGUGGUCAGGGUGAGAAUGAUGUUCUGAAGGCCGCUCAUGAUAUUUUCUAUAGUGAUUACAACAUUAAAUUUAACCUUGAGCACGCAUGGUGUGUGUUGAGGUAUGAACAGAAAUGGAUCAACCUCAACACUCCCAAAGCUACUGGCCCUGCAAAGAGGAAAACUGGUGACGAAUCCGCACAAUCUUCAAGUGUCAAUGUCGAUGAUCAUCAGAUACGGCCUGAAGGGAUCAAGGCUGCAAAAGCAAGAAGGAAUAAUGGUUCAGGGAAGGCUCUCGAUGAUUAUAAGACCAUUUGGGAGAUCAAGAAGGAGGAUUUGGCUAUGAAGGAAAAACUGUCAAAGUUGGCUAUACUAGACACUCUCCUUUCGAAAAAAGAACCCCUAAUUGAGUCUGAAGAUGUUGCCAAGAACAAACUACUCCUCCAGUAUUUCUGA